UGGCGGUGUCGAGCCUCGCUGCUGAUCUGCAGCAGGCACAGGACUCUCUGACUGCCUGUCGCUGUGGCACGGUGUGGCUGUUUGAUGUCGACGUGUGACAACUCACGUGCCUGGCCAGACUUUCGGCCCGGUAAGCAAGGAAGGUAGAUGAUGGCGUUCUACGAAUAUUUCUUGCUGUCAUUAGUUCAUUAUAUAAUAUUCCUUAGGUCACUGGUAUUGGAUUCGUUGGUAGUACUGAAAAAGUAUGCGUUAUUUAGCCUUGAUAUACCUGUUCACUUGGUCAAUGGUCUAGGCCUAAGCGGCAUCAAAAGUGGCAGCGACCAAAGUGCAUGGCAUGCACUUAAAAAUGAUGCAACAAACUUACGCAAGAUUCCGAAGCACAUAGGGCUGGUUGUAGUAGAAGAUGAGUUUUCAUUUACUGAUAUAGCUAAUAUGGUUGUUUGGUGCGUUGGAUUUGGUGCCAAGUUUAUUAGCUUGUACGAUGCAAAGGGAAAAUUUAAAAGAAAUGACCAAGUUAUUGCUGCAGAAAUUUUUAAAAAACAAGAACAUUUUUUUCAAGAAGACAGGUGUCAGUUUUCAUUUGAAGUUGGGAAAAGCUACAUAGAUGGGAAAAAUAAUGGUGUUUCAGACACUGGAAAAAUUAGUAUUAAGCUGUUAUCACCCUGCGAUGGGCGGCAAGGUGUGGUGAAGGUUUCACAACAGGUGUGUCGAGCAAUUCAAGAUAAAACACAAAGUAUAGAGGAUGUUAAUUUAUCACAUCUGGAGACCCUAAUGCAAGCAAGAAGCCAGUGUCCAGACCCAGAUCUAGUAAUAAGAUGUGGCUCUGUCCACUCAUUACUUGGUUACUUGCCGUGGCAGACCAGGCUCACAGAAAUACAUUGGAUUAACUCGCAUAUUGGUGUUGAUUACAGUGACGUAUAUGGCAUCAUGCAAGCCUUCUCAAAAUGUGAUCAAAGAUUUGGAAAAUAAAAUCUGCAACAAACAAGAACAUUUCUUUAAAAAACAAUCAAUCAUGGAAGGAAAGCUAACUUGAAUAUUUUAACUACCAUCAUGAUGAAAAGAUUGUUUACUGUUUUCAGCUGAAGAAAGAUGUCAUCGAUUUAUGUAGGUAACCAAUAACAAGAGUGGUUUUCAUGGGGCAACUUGCCCAACUCUGUGUAUAUGGUGCAUAGAUGUUCUGUAUUAUCAAGGUGGAAAGCCUCCAAUCUAUGUAAAUGUUACCAUAAUGAAUGUAUAUCUGAAUGACGCCACAUCCACAAAUCAUCAGAGUGUUCAGAGCUGUGUUACCUGUGAGAAAUUCACUGAGAUUAAUAACUACUGUAGUGCAAUAACAAAAGAUAUGCUUACCUUUUUUGCCAGUGUCACAAUUCAAAAUAAUCUACAAAAAUCAGAAUAAUAUUAAUUCAAUACAAAAAUCAGUAUAAUUUUGAUUCAGAAUAAUUUUAAUUCAAUAAAAUUAUAUAAAUCUUCCAUUCAAUUUAUGAUAAUGUUUGGUCAAUUAAAUAUGUUGAUACUGACUUUUUUAACCAUAGAAAAUAACAAAGUGUGCACAGAGAUGAUCAAAAUAACCCCUAACAGUUUUUGGGUCCCAAGUUGGAAGAAGCCACUUCCGGGAGGGCUGUUUAAAUAAAUUUUUCUCACCACAUCUAAUUUCAUUCUGCUAUACAUGGUAAUACACAGCGCCACUGAAAUUGAUAAUGCAUUAUAGUAAAACAUGAAAACAUCCUAAAUUUACUGAAAUGCGUUAUUUUCCGGGAAGUUCUUGUUUGCUUGCGGGAGCCCUUUCGAUUUCCGGGAGAUUCCUGUGACUUGCGUUUGAUUUGUGACUCCUGCAUUAAGCCUUCUCAGUAUAAGUAUAUGAAUCUAAAUUGGCAUACAGGUAGUUAUUUUAUUACUGUUAAAAACUCUCCCUCCUAUCUUUUCAAAAUGUACCUCUUAAAUACCACAAAUUUGUAAUAUUUGGCCAUCUCUGAAUAAAAUGUCUGAAAUUAGUAAUUUCAAAUUUUUUUUAGCAAGUUUGUUGAUUAUACUUAUAAGAAUAUUUUUCAUAGGCUUUACUAUGGUUAUUUGAAUAAAAAUUGGUUCACGUAUAUGAACCAAAUACAUUAGUAAAUUUGAAAGAAAUGUCCAAUGGUUGUUUUUCUUUUUUUAAUGUCGUGAGUUGAAACAUAUUACUGUGUAAAUAAAGAAAAUAGACAGAA